AUUGUUUUGAUUUUUUUAAAGAGCCGCGCGGAUUGGUGUCUGGGGGUCGGAGUUUGCUGCUGGGCCUCUCGUGUGUGUGUGUGUGUGUGUGUGUAGCCCGCCCAUGACCCAACGCGGCCAUCAUCCUGCUGACCACCACGAACUUGCCGAUGACUGCAGCAGCCCAGCCUUUCGGGCUCUCGAGAACGUGCUUCCAUGGUCUUCUCAACGCCCUUAAGCAGGAAGACGUAGGCAGCAGGGCCGGAGCUCUUUGCAGGCAGCAGUGCAACACGGAGUUCUGCUGAUAUAUUAUUCUGCUGAACACAAACACGCCGCACACAAGGGAAGGAAGGACGUGAUGGAGCCCUUCUUUGACUUUGUGCCGGUGGACGUAAAGGAGGAGCCGGUAGACAACCAAGUGUCAUCAUUCACCACACAGCAGCCGCCCUCACUGGUGGAUAGCGUGAGCGAUCACUCCGAAGAUGUCCUCUCCCAGUGUGACGAGACUGCUAUCAAGAAGGAGGAGGAGGAGGAGGAGGAGGAGGAGGAUGUGUGCGUGAAGGAUGAGCCCAUUGAAGACUUGGACCCAGCCACUAACUGUACCUUUGUCCCUACGCUGAAGCCCAAGCUACGUAACAUCAGCGUUGGCAGGCUUGCUUGAGGGGCCUGGAUGGUGUUCAGCCUCAGCCCGUCAUGGCGCAGGCAAGUGUUUAUAGUGGCGCCAUCUUCUCUUGGCUCAUGCUGCCCCCCGGAACUCCUUCUUGAUUCACUUGGACGGUUUCCUCUAGAGUCCGGGUUGAUGGGUGGUCUUCAGGACAGCAUGUGGGUAGUUUUAAGCCACUCGGCGGUGACUGAAAAAUCCCAGGUGGUAGCGUGGGGAUUUGAACCUGCGUCGUCCAUCACGCGGUGAAUGUGGGCCCAGCACGGUACCACUCAGCCGCCGGCAUCUGCAUCUUCAAUGGCACGGCGCUGUAAACAAACAUUUGGCUGAGCAGCGCCCCGCCUACACACAGGCCUCAACACUUCCUUCAUCACCCUGGAGAGGCG